CAAUACUGCGGUGAUGAUUUGCAAGUUGAUAAACAAAGAUCUGGAUCCGAGUUUUAGGAAACAGCUUGAAGGGUUCCUACUGCAGUUGCCUCACCACAACGCAAGAUUCUCUGCUCGUGGAUUUUUCCAGAUCCAUAAUGAGACCCUCACAUCAAUGGCUGGAGCGGUGACAACUUACCUGGUGAUACUGAUCCAGUUCCAGACUGAGAAGUAAUCCACCUAGACUAGUCCACUCUAGAGAAACAUUC